AUUAUUAAAGUUAUUAUUAAUUGAUAUAAUUGCCUGCUCACUGUACGACAGUGAUCAAUACGGCAUUAAUAAAGAUAAUAAACAAUGAAUCUGAUAGUCUGUACUGGCAAUGUAGCGAAAUUAUUGACUUGUCCAGGGCUUCAAGUGCAGAUGAGCCGGGACUCAGACGGUAAUAAAGAGUUUCACGAGCAGCUCCGUUUGCAGCAGCUGUAUGAACAGAAGAAAGAGGGUGGAGAUGAUCCAUACACAUACGUCGAUCCAGAAGAUGGCACUGCGUAUGACUGGGACCAUGAAAAGAGAGCAUGGUUUCCAAAGAUAAAUGAUGAUUUCAUCGCAGCAUAUCAAGCAAACUAUGGAUUCAAUGAGGAAGGGGCCCCUGAUCCAUUAGCUGCGGCCCCUCCUGCUGACUCUCUCCCGGCCCAACCAGAGGAGCCCAAGAAACCAGAAGAACCCAAGAAAACAGAGGAGAGCUCGGACGAGGGCAAAACUAAGGAAAAAGGAGAGAAACGGAAAGCAGAUCCAGGCUGGUUUGAAAUUGAAAAUGAAAAAAACACAAAUGUUUAUGUGACAGGUCUUCCACCAGACAUAACUCCUGAUGAGUUUGUGGAGAUCAUGUCCAAAUGUGGAAUUAUCAUGCGUGAUCCUAUCACAGAAGAAUAUAAAAUCAAGCUCUACAAGGACAAGGAUGGAAACCAAAAAGGAGAUGGACUUUGCUGCUACUUGAAGAAAGAGUCUGUAGCUCUUGCCGAGCGGCUCUUGGAUGAAUCUGAGAUUCGGGGCUACCGACUGCACGUGGAGGAAGCACGAUUCGAGCUCAAAGGACAGUAUGACGCCAGCAAGAAGAAGAAAAAGAACAAAGAGUACCGCAAAAAGCUCCAGCAGCAACAAAAGCAGCUGGACUGGAGGCCGGAGAAGGCCGGGGAAGCUCGCAAAAGGCAUGAAAAAGUUCUCAUCAUUCAAAACAUGUUUCAUCCCAGUGACUUUGAGGAGGAUCCUUUGGUUCUGAAUGAGUACAGAGAUGAUCUGCGGACAGAAUGUGAGAAAUUCGGGCAAGUGAAGAAAGUCAUCAUCUUUGAUAGGCACCCCGAUGGAGUGGCAUCUGUGGCUUUUAAGGAACCUGAGGAGGCGGACACAUGUCAGGCGGCUCUGGAUGGACGCUGGUUCGGUGGGAGGAAACUAUCAGCACAGCUGUGGGAUGGUGUAACUGAUUACCAGGUUGAGGAAACCUCACGAGAACGAGAAGAGAGACUGAAAGCCUGGUCCUCUUUCCUGGUUGACGGAACUAAAGAGGACCCUUCUAAAGCGGACCCUUCAAAAGCAGCAGAGCAACAGAAUAACAGCACACAAGAAGCAGCAGAACCGACUCAACAGGAGGAGGGUAAAAGCGAAAGCACCGCAAAACCACAGGAGGGAAAAGAUGAAGAGGAGGACGAGGAGGAAGGAGAAGGAGGAAUGCAGUCGACCGAUAGCAGUUUAGCAGGAAGUGAUGAGGAGGAUGCGUAAACGUGGAGAGAAAACAGAACUUGUUUAAUGUCUCUUGCUCAAACAUCUCCACACCAAUAUACAGUGAUUUCCUUUUUAUUAUUCCCAUGACAUGCCAAUGCAUUUCCCCACAUUUCAAAAUUCAGGGAACAAUGAUGGAAAUUUAACUGCAAAAAAUCAUAUGUGUGAUUAUUACUGUCCCUUAUGCUAAUGUGUGUCACUGUGCGAAUCUAUUUCAACUUCUGUUGAUAGUUUUAUAGUAAAAACACAUUUUGUGACCUCA